AUGGUGGUUUUCAAAAAGGCCGACCUGACUAAGGAUCUGGGCCUCAGCCCGGACCAGCUGGCGGCGCUGCAGCGUGCCGAGAACAAGAUGGCGCCGCGGCUGCUGAUCAUGGUGGCCCUGUUCAUCGCGGUCAACUACCUUGACCGCACCAACCUGGCGCUGGCCAGCGUGGAGCUCACCGCCUCGCUGGGCCUGACGCCCCAGACGUACGGCCUGGGGGCGGCGCUCUUCUUCGUAUCGUACUGCGUCAUGCAGAUCCCCAGCCAAAUCGUCAUGGCCUACAUCCACCGCCAAAACCUGUGGCUUACGGGCCUGCUGGUCUGCUGGGGCACCUGCGCUGCCGCCAUGGCCGGCAUGCGGGACAUCCCCCAAUUCCUUGCGCUGCGCGUGCUGCUCGGCUUUUUCGAGGCGGGCGCGCUGCCGGCGCUCUGGACGUACCUCAGCCACUUUUACGCCAAGGAGCGCCUGGCAGUACCCCUGGGCGUUAUGAUGGGCACGCUCAUCCUGUCCCAGGCGAUCGGGCCCCUGCUGGCCGCGGGCUUCCUCUCGAUGGACGGCAUGGGCGGGCUCAUGGGGUGGCAGUGGCUCUUCCUCAUUGAGGGCUGCCUCGCCAUCCUCGUCGCCGUCGGCUGGGCCUUCAUGCCCGCCGACCUUGCCUCGAUCAAGUCCCUCACCCCCGAGGAAGUUGCCGCGGUGGAAGCUUCCAUGGCGGCCACCCACAAGGCCAAGAAGGGCGGCAACCAGCUCAAGGUGCUGGCGGCGACCCUCAAGAACCCGGUGAUCUACGUGAUCUCCUCCAUCAAGUUCACAAGGGACGUCGCGUUCUACGGCGUCGUGUACUGGGCCCCCAUGAUCGUCAAGAGCAUCCUCGGAUUCGACGCGUUCGCGGCGCCCGGCGCCGCCGGCGGCCACUCCUCGGGCGGCAGCGUCACCGUCGUGCUGCUUGUCGCUAUCCCCUUCGCCGCCGCCGCCGCCUUCCAAUUCGUCAACGCGUGGCACUCCCAGCGCACCAACGAGCGCCGCUACCACCUCGCGGGCACCUGGGCGUUCGGCGCGGUCGCGCUGUUCCUGCUGCCGCUCGCGCUGCACUCGUUCCGGGCCGCGUUCGCGGUCAUCGUGCUGGCGGCGAUCGGCACCUUUGGCGCGGAGGGCAUUAUGGUCGCCCACUUCAUGGCGCUGCAAGGCGGCGAGAAGGGCAUUGGCAUGGCGCUCAUCAACUCCGCCGGCGGCGUCGGCGGCUUCGUGGGGCCCAUGGUCAUCGGCGCCAUCCGCGCCAAGACCGGCGGGUACAACGACGCCAUGAUCGUGCUGGGCGCGUUCCUGGUGUUCGCCGCGCUGCUGACCGCCGCGUUUGACCCCAAAUGGGCGGAGCGCUGGACGAUGGAGGCGCGGGAGCGGGCGGCGGCCGCCGCGGCGGGGGAUGUUGAGUGCGCGGUGGUGAAGCCGGCGGCGGGGAGCGGCCGGGAGGACGAUACCAAGGGGCAGGCUGAUGUGGUCAUCGUCCAGGCUUAG